UCGGUGCGGCCCAGUCGUGACGCAGCAGCCGUGUAGGGAGAGCAGUCCGCCGCCAGAGCAUCUCUUCUCCGCGAGAGUUCCAGGGGAAGGACCACCCACCAUGUCGGCAGUUGCGGAGGUUCAGAACACCACAACCGAGGCCCUGGCCGCCCUGCUAGACGGGGGUGACGGCGCCCUGGUGACGCUGGUGGCGGGCGAGACGAGGGUGGCGGCUCACAGGGCCGUGUUGGCAGCCGCGAGCCCCGUGUUUCAAGCGAUGUUCGCGCACGGCAUGCUGGAGGCCAGCUGCGGCCAGGUGAGCAUCGACGACGUGGAGGGCCCGGUGCUGAGGCUCCUGGUGGCCUACACGUAUACCCUGCAGGCCCCCCAGCUGCCCGACACGGCCGCCCAGCUGCUCUCGGCGGCCGACAAGUACGGCUUGUCGGGCCUGAAGGCUGCCUGCGAGCGGCAGCUGAUCUCGCAGUUGGCCGUCGAGACCGCAGCGGCGACGGCCGUCAGGGCAGUGAGGCACUCGUGCCCGGACGCCACCAGGGCUGCCGUCGCCUUCAUAAAGGACCACCCGCAGGUGAUGGCCACGCGGGGCUGGGCGGACGCUGUGCUCGAGUGUCCACAAGAAGUCAACGAAGUCAUCCGUCUAGUCAGUGAGCCACCAGCAGAAGCCAGCUCGCCAACCGCCACAGGGGGCGGGUCCACCCCCAACUCUGACCGUCAACCCCGCAGCGGCCACAGCCGGACUCCUGCUGCAGCUGCGCCUCCCACGUCUGCCCGACACACCCCUCCACCUGAUGACGCAGCCGUCUCUCGCUUCCGGAGCCUUUCUGGGGCACAGCGAGGCAGGUGGCUGAUACAGGCGGCUAAGGUGGGGACGGUGGAGGAGCACUGGGCUGCAGAGAGAGGCCACGCGGCUGUGGUGCGGCUGCUGCUCUCUGCGGCGUCCGACCCCAACGCCAGGUCUCAGAAGGGGUGGACGCCGCUGCACUUCGCGGCAUACUGUGGCCGCGCAGAAGCGGCGGCUGCGUUGCUGGAGGCCGGAGCCGACAGGGGGGUGUGGACUAAUGACGGGAGGACCCCCCUGGACUACGCCGUACUGUGCAACCAUCGUCAGCUCGUCCAGAUGCUAACAGAGCCUUAA